CGUAGUCAGGGAGCGAGGAACAAAAGAGGGCAAGAUGGCGGCGAACAGGCCAAGACCGAUUGACUAUCUAUCGCUGACCGCUCUCGGCAACUCGGAUCAAAUGUCUUCUUGUCCAGCAGCAUGGGGAUGCUGAGAGAUGGAGCCAGCCAAAUCUACAACAUCAACUAUCCCUUCUCAAUCAAGUGCUCGCCGUGUCAUACAUAUAUCUCAUCUCCCAUGCCAGCUCCAACAUGCCUCGACGCUUCUGUCGCCCCGCCGAGUAUACAUGCCAACCAUGCGUAGCCCGUUUACCGUCGUCCGUGUUGUCAAUAGCACCCCCCGUUUCUAUCGUUUCUGCUCCAACUGCCAACAUGGAAACCCUUGCUCUCCACACUCUUUUCUUGUCUUGUUCGCAAGCCCUUCGCUUCCCAGGUCUGGGCCCUCCUCUUUUGUCAGAUUGACACCACGACUUCUUGGCGGUUCUUUUCCAACUCAGCCGCUCGGCCCGCGAGCCUCGAUCUGUUCUGCGAUGGUGAUCGGCAGCAUUUCCCCACAUGAUUUGUCCUUUUGUCAUGCAACCGCCAUCAACCUCAUAUUCGGACUCGUGUGCUGUGCUUUCUGAAAUGCUCAGUGUAAAUAUACUGCGUGUGUGGCAGGCGCCCUUACUCGUUCAGGCCCAGUCUGCAUCUUGGCUCUUCUUAUGCUGGACGUAUCUUCGGCAAGCAUCAGGAUUGAAAGGGCGUCGAUUGCAAGCCGUAUCUAUGGCGCCGAUUCGCACAUUGGCUUUACAGCCCUCAAGCCCUCAAC